AUUUGAAACAAGAACUCCUCCCUUUUACCCGGGACAUCCUGCUCUACCUGUGAACUCGGCCCACAUUAGGAAGUGUUUUUAAAGCAGAAGGAUACUCCUGACUGCAGUUUUCUCUCAGAGUUGCAGCAGCAGCAUGUUUGACGCUGAGGUCAUUUACAGCGAUGUCAAGUUCACCAAAUCCAAGGACAGAGAAGCUGUUUCUCUUUCAACCGACGACGCUUCCUCUGAAGUCAAGAUUUUAAAAAAGCCAGAAGCUGCGUCUCCUGCAGCCGACGCCACCACCUCUAGCAUCAACCACUCAGAUGAACGGCCGCCAGUCUGUGCCCGCUGUUCAGCAGACAGUCAACUCUUUAAAAGCAGGAAGAGGUCAAAGGUCACCCCUACACUACUGGUCCUGCUGGUUCUUACUGUCUUGGGAGCAGCUGCUUAUGCCGCCUAUUUCACUUUUCAAACUCUCCAAACCCUGAAGGAGGAGAAUGAAGCUCUGAGGAGAAACAUCUCAGAAACAAACUCAAGCAGCACAACGUCUUCUUCAUGCCCAGUCUCUUCAACAAGCCCUCCACCUGCUACCUGCUCUCCAGCACAAAAUCACACGUGUGGAGAAGGCUGGGAGAUACAUGAAGGACAGUGUUAUCACUUCAACACGAGUAGUCAGACGUGGCCCGAGAGCAGAAGGUCUUGUGAGGCUCUGGGAGCAGACCUGGUGAAGAUCGACAGCAGAGAGGAGCAGGAGUUCCUGGUGGGCAAGCUGGUGAACAGGACUACGGUGAUUUGGGACUCGUUCUGGAUCGGGCUGAGCUACUCGGUGGUAGGAGGAUCAUUUGUUUGGGUCGAUAACUCUCCGCUGAACACAAGCCUGUGGGCUGGUGCACAGCCUGUCAACCAGACAAACGGGACUCACCCUAGCGGAAGCUGUGUGAUGAUGGAGAAGAAGAACAACACUGAAGAUCUGAACUGGUGGUUUGACACAGACUGUAAUAGUGUUCAUAAAAGUAUCUGUGAGAAACCAGCAGGAACUGGACCGAGUUCAUCUGUUUGUGGCUGAAGUUCAGUUCAGUCUCUGGAGCAACCUGAGUCCAGGAUCCAGGAGGAGCAGAGAUGAUGUUUGUAGAAAGUUCAUCUCACAAACAGCUGAAGCUUCUUCCACAUUUAUUAAAAACCAGGGGCGUGUCCAGGGAGUGGCCUGGGGUAGCACAUGCCACCCUUAGAAUCUGAUUGGCCACCCCAGGUGCCACCCCACUAAGUUCCAGUUUAAAUUGACUUUACAUUGUCGACAAAAGGCUUGGGUUGUAAACUCCAAAAUAGUGUGUGGUUGCAUGCACCUUUCACCUUGUUUUCCAGCCCAGGCAUGUAGUAUUAAUAUUAUUUAAUAUUUUUUCAUAUUCACAUACAUAGUAUUUAGAGUCCCACUCAACUCCAGUUGGUGGCAGUAAUGCAACAAGAAGUGACUUGCUAACCACCACAAAGGUAGAUGAUGAAGAGGAAAAAAAUGGUGAUUGUGCAAUGUGAAACUCAAAAAUUCACUAGAAAGUGAAUAAAUAAAUAAACCAUUUGUGUAAAUAAAUAAAUAAGCAUAACCAUUGGUGCCACCCAUGAAUAAACAAGUGCCCCACAUGGGCCACCCCAUUUUAAAAGUCCUGGACACGGCUCUGUUAAAAACGUGUAAUUUUCUACUUUAUUCUAUCUGAUGUGUUUUCUUAUUAAUCUGGUUAUUAAUGGCUGAAGGAACCAAAGUGUUAUAAACAUGUUUACAGCUGCUACCAAACAUGUUAUUAGCGUCACCUCCCUCCCUCUUAAUCCUGUUUUCAGCCAGCUCUUUACUGCCCUCUAGUGGCGACAGUCAGAGAACACCAUCAGGCAAAUCUGUGUCACAAUUUAUUCCCAUUUUUUUUAUUUAUUCACACUUGUUUCUUGUUUUGUUUUGUAUUUUAUUGCAUUUGGAAGGAUCUGUCGUGGGUCCAGGGGCACGGCUAUGGGUGGGUCUGGGUGGUGCAGGGUGUUAGAUAAAAACUGAUAUUAACAUUAUUGAACUAAUAUUAAUGUCUUGACUGUUAAACAUCUGGUGUCUUAUUAAACGUAGCUUCAUCCUGUCGAUAGAUACCAGGCUCCAGCAGGUCUUACAGGGAGGAGUAGAUUUUACGAGGAGGACGACCUUGCCUUGGCACCGACCUUUAGCAGUAAAACUCCCUCGAGAAAGUCUAGCAACGGCUUUGUUGAUUUAGGAUGCACCUGGAGAAAGUUUAGUCUCCUUUUACUGCUUUCCCGCCUGAGAGUCUAAAGAAUGUCAAAAUGUGUGUGCGUUGAUCUUUCUGUGUGCUUAAUACCGCCCCCCCCCCCCCCCCGCCUUCCUAUAUCAUCAUGUGAUGUUGUGUGAUGUCUGAAGUCUGUUGCAUAUCUGUGAGGGUAGCUGUGAAGUGCUUUUUUCUCCCUCCUCCCGAAUCAGUUCCUCAUGUAACCCUCUGAUCUCUAUUAAGGUAGCGCGACUCGGGGUUGCGAAUGACCACAGUCACCAAUUCUUGUCAUGUGUCUUGCCCAUGUAUGUCUGAUCUCUGAAUUGUGUGUGCUGAAACUCUAAUUUCCCUCUGGGAUUAAUAAAGUAUCUUUGAUUUGAUUUUAAUAAAUGCUGUCGGAAGGCGUCA